AAAUUACGGUCACCGUUAAAUGGCCAAAUCCACUAGGAUUUGAACAGUAGAUAAAUAUUUAAAAAGUACAUUUUUGACGUUUUGAUACGUCAACGUCACAUCGCACGGCGCGAAUCGAAACGAAAGUUGGGGAACGAAACAAAAUUAAUUACACAUAUAAAUCUAUUUCAGUUUAUUAUAUAAAAAAAACGCUGACAAAUACAGUAUUUAUUAUAUGUUAGAAUAUAAUAUCCGAUGGACACGCUUAGACGAUUACUGCCACCGAAAAUAUUCGAAAUUAUCGACAGAGCCGGAAUUUGCACUGCAAAAGAAAUUCUAAUUCUUUCGAAAUGGGAUAUAAAGAAGGUAACAAAUCUUAGUACCGAUGAUAUUUUAUUUCUUAAAUCUAUUGUCGCUGAUUGUGCUGCGCCAGAAAGUGUAACCGGUGAUAUGCUGUUGUUGAAACAAAAUCCAAGAGUAUCAAGUGGUUGUGAAGCAAUAGAUUCGAUUACAAACGGUGGUUUUCGGGCAGGUACCCUUACAGAAAUUUUCGGUGAAAGUGGUUCUGGUAAAACUCAAAUUGCACUUCAAGCGGCAGCAAAUACUUUCAACUCUGGCUCUGUUUUCAUAUGCACUGAAGAUGUGUUUCCUGUUAAAAGAUUGAAUCAAAUGCAGCAAUCAUUUCCUAACUAUGUUCUUGAUGAUAACAUUGGCAAGAACAUUUUUAUAGAACAUGUUACAGAGCCAACUGAACUACUAUCUUGUGUGAAGGUGCGAUUGCCAAGACUUUUAAAUGAUCAGAAAGUUUCACUGAUUGUUGUGGACUCAAUUGCUGCACCACACCGGACUGAAACAACAAAUUAUGUUCAGAGAGCUGAAGACCUUAGAGAAUUGGCAGUAGCUUUGAUAGAAAUAGCUAGAAGAUAUAGUAUUGCUAUAGUUUGUAUUAAUCAGGUUACAACAGCCUUUGAUGGGACAGAUAGUAUAUUGCCAUGUUUGGGUCUUGCUUGGUCAAAUAUGGUCUCAACCCGAUUAAUGUUAAAGAAAACCUCAAGAACAGUAGUCCUGAAAACAAAUGAAUCACCUGCCCAAGAAUAUUCGCACAUAAGAGAACUCUCUGUGGUGUUUUCUCCUGAAUUGCCUAACAAAACAACCGAGUUUGUUAUCACUUCAAAUGGUAUUAUAGGUGUUUAAGAGAUUGUAAUUUUCUAUUAUUUAAUAAAAAUAUCAAAAAUUUUGAUGUUUUCCUAUAGCUUUGUACAUUUUACCUAAUAGUAUUAUUAAUUGCUAUGUUAUAUGAUGGAAGUUGCUCUUUCGCUUCUGCAAGGAAUCUC